GAAUCUCACUUGUGAGUGACACUCGAAAUACAGUAAUCCUCGUGUGGAAGUACGUGAUUUCCGCCUAGAUUUUUCUCUGCAACAAACUAGCCAUGCAUCCGUGAUCUUCUCUUCUCGAUGAAAAUCUAAGCUUCUCACGUGUUCCUAAACAAAAAUAAGCACCCGCCUUAACUUGUCAUGAGAUCCAAUUUUAGACUCGGAGCUCCCAGCCACAUAUUUACCAAACCCUGCGAAUGCACGCAUAUGCGUCUUGUCUCUUUUAUCCUCUGCUUCCUCCACAUGCCUCAAAGUUUAGCACAUUUCCAACCGCAGCAGCACCAUUAUGGCCUGAAGGUUCUUGCUCCGGUCGUCGUGCAACAUUUCAAGAACAGUUUGAUCCAGGCACGCAGGAUGCAGGAGGUCCAGCCGGACAUGGAUCGGCAGGUCGCCGAGCUCCGCGGCGAGCUGCGCAAGGUGCGGGAGGAGCGCGACCGCGCCCACCGCGUCCUUGAGGUGACGGAGUGGAAGGCGCUGGAGUCGGCGAACGACCGCACCACGAUCGAGACGCUAGAGGCGGAACGGGACGCGUCGAGGGAGUCUGAGUCCCGGAUGCUGGAGUCGCUCUCGCUGCAGACGAAGCAGCUGGAGAUCACCAUGAUGGAGCUGGAAGAGGCCAGGCUGGAGAUCGCGUCGCUCAGGGACACGGUGCAGAGUAUCGAGGCCAGCGCCUGCGCCGCCGCCGCCGCGAAACCGAGGGGCCGGUACGACCGCGACCUGCAGCGGGUGAGCGGCGAGCUGCGGGUGGCGCUGGCGACGGAGGAAAAGAGCAAGCGGGCGAUGGAGGAGCUGGUGCUGGCGCUUAAGGAGGUGAAAGCGGAGCUGUACGCGACGCGGCAGCAGCUGGCGCGCGCACAGCGAGAGGCGGAGACGGCCCGGCUCGAGUCCGACCGGCUGCACGUGUCCGUGAAGCGCAAGGACGACAAGCUCCGGGCGCUUUCCGACGAGGUGGCCCGGCUCCGCGCCGACGCCGAGGAGUCGGCUGCGAACUGGAGGGCCAAGGAGGCCGGGUUCACGGCGUGCAUGAAGUCCACGGAGGCGGAGCUCGCCGAGUCCCGUCGCGAGAACUCGCGCCUCCUCGAGUCGCAGCGGUCCGGGCGGAACGAGGUGGCCAAGCUCCGGGACAUCCUGAAGCAUGCCGUCAAGGACAGCAAGUUGGUCAAGGAGGAGCUGGAGGAGGCGAAAAGUGAGAACGCGAAGCUCAAGGAGAUGGUCGGCAACAAGGACAACGCCGUCAAGUGCACCAAGCAGGAGCUGGACUGCCUCCGCGUCAGCGAGGCCGCGGCGCGCGACAGCGUCAAGGAGCUGCAGAGCCUGCUGGUGGCCACGUCGUCCAGCCCCACCGCGUCCGUGGCUGCUUCCACAGGGAGGUCGUCCGACCUGGAGGAGGAGCCGUCGUCGCCGCAGCUGGGGAUGGAUCAUCAGCUGCCUCUGCCUGCUGGCUGUGAGAACCGGCUGUCCACGGACGCCAAGGUGAAGCCGCCGGAUGGGAUGGUGCUGCCGCGGCAGAUGUCGGAGAACUUCGAGGGGUCCGUGUACGACAUUUUCGGGACGGUUGACGAGCAGAAGGGCGAGCAGCUGGGCGUGUUUACCAGGAUGCCGAGUUUGCCUGGCCGGCGGCGCGUGGUCAUGCGCAGGGUUGGCAGCCUAUUCCGGUGGAAGAGCUUCAACAACAAAUAGCUAGCUACUGCUGCUACCUGAAAUUUGGAAGAGCUUAUGUGUGUUCAUGUCCUUGGUUGAUUUUGGUAGUUUACCUUGGCGUCUUUGAUCAGGCCGGCGGGAGUUUUGCUCGCCUACCUGCCCUCUGUUAGCUGUAUCACCAAAUUGCUGCUUGGAAAUGCUAUUUUACAACGGUUUUGCUAGUUUA